GAAUCCGCGAAUGCAUUGCAGAUGCUGUCUUAUGUAAUUCACUAGUCAUCCGAUUCAGUGGGUGCAGUCAAAGAGGUUAGAUUUAGCAGCACAAUUAAAGAGCUAAGAAGCGUGCCAUUAUAACGGAUUGAUCCAAGUUUGUGAAAAAUGCAGAAACGCAACAAUAGACAGCUAUCCUUUAAAUGUGUAAGCUGGUAGCUAGUAAGGACGCAUGCCAAGUCGAUGUCUUUACUUAACAAGAUAACUGCAGCUGAGCUUCACCAGGCGUGAUUAUUUUUUACGAUUUAAAAGACCAAAAUUCGUUCAGUAGUUUGUUUUAUCACGCUUGAUGGGUUCUUUCUUUACCUGUGACAUGCUUUAACAGUCCAUGUUCUACGUUUCAGCAAAAAAUUAGUUUAUUUGAAUUAUCCCUUUACUUCAUAACUAAGCGUGUCGAUUUUCUGUAAAACUAAGAAAAACGACUUUAACCCAGAAACAAACUCCUCAUUCGGCAGAAACAAUGAAAUCAGUUUCUCUGAAAUGAAAGCAUUUGAUUUGGUUUUUACUUCUUAAUUUUUUUUUUGUACUCAAAAGUUCGUAUUUAAACCGCAAUAAAGGCGUAAUAAAGACGAAAGUGGUAAUUUAAUCUGCAAGCCAUGGAGGAGAUUAGAGUGUCCCCUGACUACAAUUGGUUCAGAAGCACCGUCCCUCUGAAAAGAAUCAUAGUGGAUGACGAUGACAGCAAGGUGUGGUCGCUGUACGACGCGGGUCCGAAAAGCGUCAGAUGCCCGAUUAUCUUCCUGCCGCCAGUCAGCGGGACGGCAGAGGUCUUCUUCCAGCAGAUCCUGGCCCUUACUGGCUGGGGCUACAGAGUCAUUUCGCUCCAGUAUCCAGUUUACUGGGAUAUACUGGAAUUUUGUGACGGGUUCAGGAAACUGCUGGAUCACCUGCAGCUAGAUAAGGUUCAUAUAUUUGGGGCUUCUUUGGGGGGAUUUUUGGCGCAGAAGUUUGCCGAGUGCACGUACAAAUCUCCCAGGGUGCACUCCCUCAUACUGUGCAACUCCUUCAGUGAUACCUCAAUCUUUAACCAAACAUGGACAGCAAACAGCUUUUGGCUGAUGCCUGCCUUCAUAUUAAAGAAGAUCGUUCUGGGGAACUUUGCAAAAGGACCGCUCGAUCCGAAAAUGGCGGGUGCCAUUGACUUCAUGGUUGACCGGUUGGAGAGUCUGAACCAAAGUGAGCUUGCCUCCCGAUUGACACUUAACUGCCAGAAUUCAUACGUGGAGCCUCACAAAAUAAAGGACGUAGCUGUGACCAUUAUGGAUGUGUUCGAUCAGAGUGCACUUUCACAUGAAGCUAAAGAGGAGAUGUAUAAACUGUAUCCCAACGCCAGGAGAGCUCACCUCAAAACCGGCGGCAAUUUCCCGUAUCUUUGCCGAAGUGCCGAGGUCAACCUCUACAUACAGAUCCAUCUGCGGCAGUUCCAUGGCACCCGAUACGCGGCCAUCAACCCAGCCAUGGUGAGCGCGGCUGAGCUGGAGGUGCGGAGGGCAAGCCUGUGCCCAGGUCAGGACGGCGAAGAGGAUCCGUAGGGGGCGGGAAGUCGGGCCGCUGUGGCCGUGUCUGACAUCACCAGGAUCCCACUGACGAGCUGGUCCUUAUCCAGCGCUUGGAGGCACAUCAACGUGCGACCUCUGCAGGGUGGAUCUCGGACGUUUUUUUUCCUGGAGUAUCGGAUACAAUCUGCCCUGAAACAGUCCCAGAGCCUAUUUUUACUUUGCAGAAAAAUGCUAUUUUAGUAACUAGACAGGGUACAUGAAUUUGUUUACGGAAAAUGCCGACUUUUUGUACCUUUUCUGCCUUAUGUUUGCAAUCAAUUUGCACUUUUUUUUUUUCCUUCAUUGUGGUGUUUUUGAUAUGUCAGAUAUUUAUCGAUGAGUUAAGAGAACCGAGUUUUGCUCUUUGAGGAAUACAACCAAACAAAAUAUUAAAGAUUUUGUUAAACACCUA